GACAGUGACAGGUUCUUUUAUUUUGGGGUUAAAUUGUGAACACAUGUAAAUAUACAGUAUUUUUAAGUUAUCACCCCAAUUAGCUCAUUACUUAUUAAAAUGGCUGAAAUAAAUAUUGACAUAGACAAUUUUGAACCAAAAAAGGCUCAAAAACGUGGAGUGUCCACCAGCGAAGACAUGGAAGUGGAAAUUGUGAAUGGUAUAGAAGGAACCAAUAACAAAGUUAGAGCACCAAGAACGAAAAAGGCAAGAUCCAAAUCAUUUUCCGAAACCAAAGAUGACAUGAGAAAAAUAGCUGUACCUUCACAUAGAUACUCACCAUUAAAAGAAAAUUGGUUAAAAAUAUUCACACCUGUAGUUGAGCACUUGCAACUCCAAAUCCGAUUUAAUUUAAAAACCAGAAACGUAGAAAUUAGGGCAUGUAAGGAAACCCCAGAUAUUUCUAAUUUACAAAAAGCUGCAGAUUUCGUUAAAGCUUUUAUUUAUGGUUUUGAAGUUGAAGAUGCCCUUGCCUUAAUUCGUCUAGAUGAUCUGUUUGUGGAAACCUUUGAAAUUAAGGAUGUCAAAACAUUAAAGGGAGACCACCAGUCUAGAGCUAUAGGAAGACUUGCUGGAAAAGGAGGAAGAACUAAAUUCACAAUAGAAAAUGUUACAAAAACUAGAAUAGUAUUAGCAGACAGCAAAAUUCACAUUUUAGGUAGCUUUCAAAAUAUAGCCCUGGCAAGAAGGGCAGUAUGUAAUCUAAUUUUAGGUUCACCUCCUUCUAAAGUUUAUGGACAAUUAAGAAAUGUUGCAUCUAGGGUAUCUGAAAGAAUGUGAAUAAAUUAUUUAUUAAA